GCAACUAGACGGAGUCAGCAGACAGCUAUCCAGCGGAGAGUUUUCGGGCAUAUUAUCAAACCAAGGCUCCAGGAAAAGCCCGAGAAUGAGUCACUUUAAGGAGCGCUUCGUGACUCUGCUCCACGAGAAGAACUUUGUGACAGACCAACUGGCGACGCUGGAACAAAAAACGGGAGUGAAGAGAGAGUAUAUCGCCUUGGGUUUUCUGGGUUUUGUCGGGCUGUAUCUUCUGUUUGGAUAUGGAGCCUCGCUGCUCUGCAACCUGAUUGGCUUCGCCUAUCCAGCGUAUUUCUCCAUUAAGGCCAUCGAGAGCAACGUGAAGGAGGACGACACUCAGUGGCUGACCUACUGGGUUGUUUAUGGACUCUUCAGCAUCGGCGAAGCCUUCUCUGACAUCUUCCUCUUCUGGUUCCCCUUUUACUAUAUUGGCAAGUGCUUCUUCCUGAUGUGGUGUAUGGCUCCGGUGACGUGGAACGGUUCUGAGAUCUUGUACAAGCGUGUCAUCCGGCCAUUUUUCUUGAAACACGAGGCGACCAUGGACAAUAUGGUCAGCGAUCUGAGCGCCAAGGCUAAGAACCUAACCGAGACUGUGACGAAGGAGGCUGUUAACCUGGCCCUCAAUGACAAGAACCAGUGAGGUGUGUGUGUGUGUGUGUGUGUGUGUGUGUGUGUGUGUGUGUGUGUG